AGGGCAUGGGAGAAACAGAGCCCAGAGGGAGUGAGCGGUCAUCAUGGCCACUUCAGAGCUGAGCUGCCAGGUGUCCGAGCAGGACUGUGAGCGCCGAGAGGCCUUCUGGGCUGAGUGGAAGGAUCUGACGCUGUCCACACGGCCUGAGGAGGGUUGCUCCCUGCAUGAGGAGGAUGCCCAGCGGCGGGAGACCUACCACCGGCAGGGGCGGUGCCAGGCGCUGGUGCAGCGUUCCCCCUGGCUGGUGAUGCGGAUGGGCAUCCUGGGCCGCGGGCUGCAGGAGUACCAGCUGCCCUACCAGCGGAUGCUGCCGCUGCCCAUCUUCACCCCUGCCAAGGUGGGCUCCACCAAGGAGGAGCACGAGGACACCCCCAUCCAGCUGCAGGAGCUGCUGGCACUGGAAGCAGCCCUGGGUGGCCAGUGUGUGGACCGCCAGGACGUGGCCGAGAUCACCAAGCAGCUGCCCCCUGUGGUGCCUGUCAGCAAGCCCGGCGCCCUGUGUCGCACCCUGUCUCGCUCCACGUCCCAGGAAGCACAGAGAGGCUGAGAGGGACGGUGACUUGGGCUCCACAGUGCCUGCCCUGGGCUGGGCCCUUCCUGGCUAGGACCACGGAGGGGAGCUGCUGGCCAUGGAAGCUUUGUAGUUUGCCCAGAAUUGGGGGCUAGGGGAGGUGGGAGUCAGAGGCCAGGAUGCCUGGGUCUCCUGAGUUCCCACAGGGAGGGAGCAAAGACGGUGGGCACUAAGGGUGGAGUGCUGGGGGCCAGCACAGCUGAGUACCCCCAGGAGGAAAGGCAGAAAAUGCUGGUGAGGGUAAGAGGUCCCUGAGAGGAGUGACCCCAGUCUGGAUUUCAGCUUCAGAGAAGGUUGAAGAAAAAGCAUAAGGAAUGCUCAGGGAAGGAGGCCUGGAGAAGAGCGGAGGGAGGGGGACGUGAAGAGGGCCGAGGCAGGGUGGAGCUCCCAGCACCCUCUGUUAGCGCUGCAAUAAAUGCUCAAUCACA